AUGGCUUCCGAGGAUCCAUUCGUGAAUGGCUCAGAGAAGCCAGAUCCAACGGGCACAAUGAGCAAUCCCAGCUCAAUUAUUGCCAGAGAUCAAGACUCCGAUAUUAAGAAUGAGAAGUUUGCACUUGGCCGACGAGGUCAAUUAGUGUUCUUCACCUUGGCCGUUCUUACUCUAAUGGCUGCUCUGGAUGGGACCUCUCUUUCUGUUGCUUUACCGACAAUUGCCAAGGCCUUGAAUGGCACAGCUAUUGAAGCUUUCUGGAGUGGAACGUCAUUCCUGCUUUCCUCGACAGUCUUUCAGCCUAGCUUCGCAUCGCUCUCAAACAUAUUCGGUCGCCGCCCGAUGGUUCUUAUUGCCAUCCUCUUCUUCUGUGUUGGUGCCAUCAUUGCUGCCGUUGGCAACAACUUCACGUACAUGUUGGUGGGCCGAACGAUCCAGGGCGUCGGGGGAGGUGGUAUUAUUGCCCUGAGUGAGAUUAUUGUCACAGACCUCAUCCCAUUGAGAUAUCGCGGUCAAUAUUUUGGUAUUCUGAGUGCUAUGUGGAGUCUUGGCUCUGUGACAGGACCUAUUCUAGGUGGAGGCUUCGCCGAAAAUGUGACUUGGCGGUGGAUCUUCUACAUCAACUUCCCGUUCAUCGGAUUUGGUGCCCUCUUUGUGGUGCUCUUCUUGAAGCUCAGCAUCCUUCCAAGCUCUCUGGUCGAGAAGCUUCGUCGCAUUGACUACGUCGGAACCUUCCUGUUCGUUGGCAGCAUGUCAUCAUUCUUGAUUCCCUUGACCUGGGGUGGAGUCUCAUAUGCUUGGGACUCGUGGCAUACUCUCGUACCGUUGAUUAUUGGUGCUGCUGGAUUACUCGUCUUCGCUUUCUACGAAUACCGUUUUGCCGCUGAUCCAAUUAUCCCUCCAAAGGUGUUCCGCAACCGUACCGCAACAGUGUCCUUCAUCGGAAGUGUCUUGCAAGGUCUGAUACUGUGGUGCACCUUGUACUAUCUUCCGCUGUAUUAUGAGGCUGUGAAGGAGUAUAGCCCGAUCAUCUCUGGGGUCGCACUUUUCCCGGAAACCUUCACAGUCGCUCCGAGUGGCAUGGCGGCAGGUAUUCUCAUCACCAUUACAGGCCACUAUCGUUGGGCAAUCUGGCUUGGCUGGGUAGUUUCUACCAUCGGUUUGGGGUUGAUGUGCAUCAUCAAAUCUUCGACAAGCAUUGCAGGCUGGAUUUUACUCAAUGUUGUUCCGGGUAUAGGACUCGGUCUCCUCUUCCCCUCGCUCGGCUAUGCCGUACAGGCAUCAGCAACCUCAGACAACUUGGCGAUUGCAGUCGCGAUGUUUAGCUUCUUCCGCGCACUGGGUCAGGCAAUCGGCGUGGCGGUUGGUGGUGUUGUCUUCCAAAAUCGCAUGCGCCAUAACCUGUUGAGGUAUCCUGCUCUUGCGCCCAUGGCCGAUGCUUACAGUCAAGAUGCAGCUGGCCUGGUUCAGAUCAUCAAGGGGAUGGCAGAUGGUGUUAACAAAUCCGAUCUUAAGGAUGCAUACACAGACAGUUUGCGAAUUGUGUGGGCUGUUUGCUGUGCGAUCUCGGGCGUUGCACUUCUAUUCAGUUUAUUGACCGAGUCCUAUGACCUCGACCAGACCUUGGACACAAACCAGGGUCUCCGUGGACCAGAUGAGAAUGAGACCAGUGAGAAGGAUCUUGAGGCCUCUGCCGACAAAGCCGUUCAACAGAAUACACCUUGGGCCUACUAA